CCCGGAAGUUGUAUGCGGCGCUGUGUUGUGGGACUUCUACAGUGCGCACACGUGGUUGUCACAGUGUAGCUGGUGAACUGCUCCGUACAGACAUGGCGGCAGAAAAGUCAGGCCGGGGAAGCGUUUUAUUCACCGGGUACCGCUCCCUGGGCAUGUACAGUAACCACAUACCGCAUGUCGUGCGCUACCACAAGAAGCACAAGGAGUUCUACAUGGUCACCGCGGUGGGGAAGAGUUUCAUUACGUUUAAUGUAAACAGACUUGGUCAAGUUGCUGUCAGCAAUGCACUUCCAGAAAAUAUUACUUGUCUUGCUGCAGAUCGCAUGCUGGUGUUUGCGUCUUAUGGAAAUCUCCUUAAAGCCUUUGCUAGGAACAAAGAGGUAGUCCACACAUACAAAGGUCACGAUGCAGAAAUUCAUCUGGUUUUGCCUUUUGGUGACCAUGUCAUAUCUGUUGAUACUAAUAAUACGGUUAUUAUAUGGGAUGUCCAAUCACAAGAGGAGUAUUUACAGCUGAACUUUGACAAAAGCAAUUUUACAGUUUCCGCAAUAAUGCACCCAAGCACGUACUUGAAUAAAAUUCUCCUAGGAAGUCAGCAGGGCACGCUUCAGUUGUGGAAUGUGAAAUCCAAUAAACUUUUAUUCACAUUUCCUGGUUGGCAAGCAGGAGUGACUGUAAUUCAACAGGCACCAGCAGUGGAUGUUGUGGCUGUUGGUUUGACAAAUGGUAAAAUUGUCAUUCACAACCUUAAAUUUGAUGAAACAUUAAUGACCUUUCAGCAAGACUGGGGCCCUAUUACCGCAAUAUCGUUUCGCACAGAUGGACAUCCAAUAAUGGCAGCUGGAAGCCCCAUUGGCCACAUUGGACUAUGGGAUCUGGAGGAAAAGAAGCUGAUGAGUCAGAUGAGGGAGGCCCAUUCAACUGCUAUUGCUGGCUUAACAUACGUUCAAGGAGAACCUCUUCUAAUAACCAAUGGGGCUGAUAAUGCCAUACGGGUAUGGAUCUUUGAUGGCCCUGGAGGACAAGGCCGUUUGCUUAGGUUCCGUGUUGGUCACAGUGCUCCACCCACUUUCAUUCGGCACCAUGGACUGGAUGGGAAACAAAUCCUCAGUGCAGGACAAGAUGGAACUAUGCAUUCAUUUUCCACAGUCCACGACAGAUUCAAUAAAAGCCUUGGACAUGGAUCAAUAGAUAAAGCCAAAUCUAAAAAACUUGGACUUCGUGCCAAACACCUAAGAUUGCCUCCUGUUGUGUCAUUUGCAUCUGAGACUGCACGACAGAGUGACUGGGAUGGGAUUAUUGCAUGUCACCGAAGCAAGUUAUCUUGUACUACAUGGAAUUUUGUUAGAUCUACAAUGGGAGCUUACAAGCUAAAGCCCCCACAUCUCAAUAAAACAAAAGGCGUACAUGCCACAGCUGUAGAAAUCACAAGCUGUGGUAAUUUUGUGGUGAUUGGGUUGUCCACUGGUAAUGUGGAUGUAUAUAACAUCCAGUCUGGAAUUCACAGAGGCUCUUAUGGGAAUGAAAAAGCUCAUGAUGGCUCCGUCAGAGGGGUUGUUGUUGAUGGGUUAAACCAGAUGACAAUCACAGUUGGCAGCGACAAGCUCAUGAAAUUUUGGAAGUUUAAGUCCAAACAGUUGAUGCAAACAAUAGACAUUGCAGUAUGUCCUACAUCCUCCUUGCUCCAUAGAGAAAGCGGUAUGUUGGCAGUUGCCCUGGAUGACUUCAGCAUUAAAGUUUUUGAUAUUGAAACGUGUAAGCUGGUGAGACAGUUCCCAGGACACAAUGGAAAGAUAAAUGAUAUGACUUACAGCCCUGAUGGGCGAUGGCUAAUGACUGCAUCUAUGGACUGUACUGUUAAAAUAUGGGACUUCCCAUCUGGAUGCCUCAUAGACUGUUUUCUAUUGGAUUCACCUGUUGUUAGCCUCACAAUGUCACCGACUGGAGAUUUCCUAGCAACUGCCCAUGUGGAUGACCUAUCUCUAUAUUUAUGGUCAAACAAGUCUUUGUUCUCCUUGGUUUCCUUACGUCCUCUCCCGUCAAACUAUGAACCAGUUGUGGUGAUGCUUCCUGGUGUAGCCAAUGAGAUUGAGGAGGACAUGGUUGAAGUUGAAGAAGCCAGUGAGGACAUGAUGGAAUAUGAAUCGCCUGAACAACUAGGAGAAAAGUUGGUGACCCUGUCACUCUUACCUGAGUCAAGGUGGAAGAACCUCUUGAACCUUGAUGUCAUCAAGAGAAGAAACAAACCUAAAGAGCCUCCAAAAGUCCCAAAGUCUGCACCUUUUUUCAUUCCUACCUUGCCUGGACUUGUCCCACGUUUUGGUUCUGAAGCUCAGGAUGAAAUACCUCAAUCCAAAGUUGUGAAUCUUGGAGUCCUUGAACAGAAAUCUACUUUUUGUGUCCAGCUUGAAGAGUCACUUGACCAUAACAACUAUGACAUUCCACUGAAAACUAUAAAGGAGUUAGGGCCUUCCAGCAUUGAAACAGAGAUCCGGAACCUGGCUCCAGAAGGUGGCGGUUCUAUAGAGGUGAUGCAGAGCUUCUUAAAGAUGGUUGGAAGGAUGCUGGAAAUGAGACUUGAUUUUGAGCUAGCCCAGGCAUACCUUGCUUUAUUCUUAAAGAUCCAUCUGCGGUUCAUCUCCUCACAAGCAGCAUUGUUAGAAGAGGUUUCCAUGUUAUCAGCAAGUCUGGAAGAGACAUGGCUUCACGUGCAGACUUUGUGUAACCAAAGCUUGUGUGUGUUAAACUACAUGAAAAGUGCUUUAUUGUAAAAUUAUCUACAAAACAUUUGGAAGAUGCAGAAUUUGUAGGUGCAAACAUUACUAUAUACAGAUGAAACAACUGCCCAUCCUGAAAUUCAGCUGUUCUCCUUGUGCACUGGUGGCAAGAAGUCCAUUGUUUCUCUGCAGUGAAUUUUACCCUUUUCUAUGUGAAGCAAAGAGAAUGGAAUUUACCACUUGAGAAUGUAGAGCAUGUUGGGACAAUUUGUAAAAUAUAGCACAGAUGUGAUCAUGCCAUUUUGGUAAGAGAUAUUUGUCUUGCAUUUGGUUACAUUUGAACUGCUAUAUUAUUGAAAUUUUUUCCUUAGAGUGAUAUAUGUGUGAAAGAGUAACAGUUUCUUAAAGGGGUACUUUGAUUUAUAUAAACUUGUCCCCAAUCCACAGAAUAGGGGAUAAGUGUCGGAGGGGUCUCACCUCCUGAACAGAUCCCCUUCUCUCUCCUCUGGAUGCUACUUCUCCCUGCUGAGCUCCCAACAACAUCUCGGCAGCCUCCUUGUGCUGAACAGUGACAGGGCCUGCUCGGCCAAUCACCAUUGUGGAGUGCUCAGCAGGGAGAAGCAGCAUCCAGAGGUGAGAGAGGGGCUUCACAGAGGUUGGGCCCCUCACGAUCAGACACAUCCUCUAUCCUUUUGAAAGGUAGAGUACUCCUUUAAGCAUUGUACAUUGCUUUUAUGGAGAGGUGUAUCUGCUGAAUAGCCGACACUGGCUAAAGCCAUGUUGUGACAUGUUUGCACAGAACAGUGUGUGUGUAUAUAUAUAUAUGAUUAUAUUUUACUACUUCGUUUUCUAUUAAGAAACUUCAUGAAUCCACCAAACCAGUUCAGUACAUGUAAUGUUGUUAAAGCAAAGAAUAUAUAUAUAUUUAAGUAAUAAAAAUAUUCUUGGCUGUAA